UAUUGCUAUUUUUUUUUCUUUUUUUUCUUUUUUCCCCUUCCUUUCCCUUCUCUUCGAUCUACGGUACAUUUUACUCAGUUGGAAGAGCCCCGGGCGGAAAUCUGAAAAGGAAAAAGUCCGUGACCACAAAAACGUGGAGAAGUUGAUUGACUGCCUGACAGACAAGAUCUGGAGGAACCAGCCACAAAGGGCUCAACCAACCCCACGCGGGCAACAGCACAGGUUCCAAAAAAGAAAAAAAAAAGAAAAGAAAAAAAAAAGAUCACACCCCACCGAUCAGAGCUCCCCAACAACGUUCGUUCCCUCAAUUCAACGUCUUGGAUUGCGGUUUUAUCAGCACGACAUCACGCUACCGAUCCACCUACCCACCUUUUUUCGAGCUCACUGCUCCCUCGCUCUCGUCCGUUGUCAGCCUUACCUACCGUGCCCACCAACCAUUAGAAUAAGGUAGAACAAACAAACAACAUGCCACCGAGAGUCAACAUCCCCCCUUUAACAAGGGGUUGUCUGGUAGUAUGCGUCUUCUUAUCAGUCCUUACCGGCGCCCUUCGCUACCGGGACCAGGUGGCUCGCCAAGAAGAAUACCCCCCGGAUUCACCGACUGGCGGUGGCGGAUCACAGAUCUACACAGUCCCCUACCUGACGGUUGUCCCGGCACUGUCGAUAGUGUUUCCCUGGACGUUUCUGAUUGCAGCGCUGGUGGAGCAGAAUAUAUUCACCUUGGCCAUCACGCUGGCGACCCUGUUCUAUGGGGGGAAGUACUUGGAAAGGGCGUGGGGGUCUAGAGAGUUUGGAAAGUUCCUAUUGGUGGUAGCGGUUGUUCCAAAUGUCGUCGCUUUCUUUAUAUAUAUCGUCUGGUUCGCGCUGACGGGGAAUGUCGAGUGGUCGUGUGUUUUCCCCCUUCCUUCCCCAUCACCCAAGAUCACCGCCUGGACUGGCUGAUAGACAACGAAUAGAUUUGCAACCAUCUGCGGUGGCGUAGCGGCCCAAUCCGCCUUCCUGGUAGCCUUCAAACAACUGGUUCCCGAACACACAGUAACCCUCUUCAAGGGCUUCCUAAAGAUCCGCGUAAAGCACUUUCCAGCAGUCUUCCUCCUCCUAAACACUCUCAGCGGCCCUGUCUUCGGCACCGACGUCUCCACAACCCUCGCAUGGCUCGGCUUCUUCUCAUCCUGGACAUACCUCCGGUUCUACAAAAUCUCCCUCGCUGACCUCUCCACCAACCAACCCCCAACGCUCAAGGGCGAUGCUUCCGAGACCUUCGCGAUGGCAUACUUCUUCCCAGACCCACUCCACCGACCCGUCGCCAUCAUCUCCGGAGUCGUGUACAACCUCCUCGUGAGCUUCAAGAUCUGCACGCCCUUCUCCGCCGCCGACAUUUCGGCCGGGAAUUCAAGGGCAGAGGCCAGGGGCGAUGCGAGCUUGGGAACACUAUUGGCCGGUGGUGGAAGGGGCGCCGCGCAACCGGGGAGCGCAAGGGCUGAAGCCGAGAGGCGGAGAGCUAUCGCUUUGAAGGCACUGGAUCAGAGGUUGCAUGCCGCGGCGAAUAAGCCUCCUGGAUCGCAGACUGUUGUUAACGGUGAGGGUAAUGGCGGCGUGCUAGGGGAGACGAGUCUAGAUACCGAGCAGGCGGGGCCUUGAUCUUUGUCGUGUUUGGGUGAAGGGAGCGCCGUGGUUGGCGAAAAGCGAGAGGGAAAAUAGGAGGGUGAGUGUAGUUAAUGGAUGGAUGGAUGGAUGAGGGGGGGUGUGAAGAGGGGAGGGGUUUUUGUAGAUAUGAAUUCCCUUUUUUUCUUUUUUAUUUCUUUUUCUCCUUUCCCUUUUUUCCCCUUUUUAUCGCUCGUGUGACCCAUGAUUUACGAGUCUGAUUUGAUGUUCUUAGCGAGAAGAUCUGAUUUGGAUUGGGCUGUUACGGAUGGACGGUAAUAUUCUCUCUUGUAUCGAGUCAUAACUUGUGAUGGGGUUCAGGGCUUAUAUAAUAUAGUAUUAUACGAUAGCUAAAAAGGGGCUACACCGGACAGCUACUCGUGCACGGAUUCUCAAAAAAUUUGAGCACCAUCACACACGUGUGGCAAUAUCACACGCGAGUUCCGAUGAAUUGAUUUCGCAUUCAUCGGUAUUCAUCUAUUGAUCGUUCUAACAACUCCUGCCUCCGACAGACAGACAGACAAACAAACAAACAAACAAACAGGCGAGGAACGAAAACACCCAAGGCAAACCUAGAUGGAAGAGA